UUGGUUGACGCUUCCGCACAACACUCUUUGUAUCUGGCCGCUGAGGAAGGGUUUGAUGAGAUCGUGAAACUAAUAAACAAAAAAGCAGUUGAGAAAAAGCCAGAAGUUCGUGUUAAUGGCAAGUCUCCGUUGCAUGCUGCAAUUCUAGGCCGCCGGAACAAUGAAAUCUUAAAGAUAGUAUCAAGCAUGGAGGAAAUUUUUCUGAGCUCAAAAGAUGAGAAGGGGAGGACUCCGCUACAUUCUGCAGCAUCAAUUGGUUAUGUAGAAGGGGUUCGCUUCUUAUUAGGCAGACGCAUCUCUGAUUCUCAUCAAAUGGAUCAUGGCGGUAACUUUCCAAUCCAUUCAGCAUCAAGCAAAGGUCAUGUCAAGAUUGUUAAAGAGCUGCUUCGACAUUGUCCCGAUUCAAAGGAACUGAAGAACUCUAAUGGCGAAAAUAUACUCCAUGUUGCAGCAAGAUGCGGUAAAGACAAUCUUGUCAAAUAUUUUCUCAAAAAGGGUGAGUUUCGAAUGUUGGUAAACCAAAAAGACAGGAACGGAAAUACUCCUUUACAUUUGGCAACGAUGCACCACCAUCCCAAGGUUGUCUACAGAUUGGCUUGGGAUACAAGGACAAACUUAAAGCUCUUGAAUGAUAGGCACAUGACAGCUCUUGACAUUACAGAAAGCACUUUGGAAACUAUUGCAUCAUAUCAUGGGAGGCUUACUUGGACGGUAUUGAAAUCUGCUUUCGCACAGCGAGCUCAGAGUUUGCAUGUCCUCCAAAGAAAAAAACAGAGAUCGCCACAAGUAGCAAACAGUGGUGGAGGUUCGACUGACUUGAAGUUACCAAACGAGGAAAGCAUUAGGGACAGGGUGAAUACUCUAUUGGUGGUUACCACACUUGUUGCCACAAUGGCAUUUACAGCCGGUUUCACAAUGCCAGGUGGCAACAACGGUGACGCCCCUCAGGAGGGCAUGGCAAUCUUGCUAACCAACGCUAUGUUCCAAGCCUUUGUGAUUUUUAACACCAUAGCUAUGUAUACUGCCAUCCUUGUUGCAGUCUGUCUCAUUUGGGCGCAGUUGGGGGACUUAAAUUUGGUGGUCACAGCUCUCCGUCUGGCAUUGCCGCUGUUGGGGAUUGCGCUUACCAUGAUUUCCUUAGCCUUCAUGGCUGGGGUUUAUAUGGUAGUUAGCAAUCUUCAUUGGCUUGCCUAUGUUGUAUUGAUCCUGGGAGUCCUUUUCAUUUUCACUGUCUUAGUAGUUUUCACUCCACUCUUCUGCAAAACUACUUCUGGGUCCCGCAUCUUUCGUUGGAUCACUUAUUUUCUCUUCUGUGUGGAAGUAUGGGCUUCUGGAAGUCACAACGAUGACUACGAAGACGACUGAUCUCCUUGGUUGCGCGACACUCUGGGCCUUCAAACUUAUCAUCUUGGAAUGUUAAGUGGUAGUUCUUGUGUUCCCUAAAAAAAAGUAGUAGUUUUUAUGUUUCAUGCCCUUUAUGUUGUAGUUAAGAACUUUUUGAGAAUGUAUGUAUUAUUAACUGUGUAAAUUUUAUUUUGGACAAACUACAAAACACCCUC